AAAAUAGAUUAUACAUGUCAUGUCAUAGUUAAAUAUAAGUAUGGCGCAGGGCGGUGGCAUGUGUUGUGUCUUGUCACUAUUUCGAUCGAUAAUUAUUUUGAGUAUUCAAGUCGAUCACUUAAUAUCGCCUACUUCUUGUGUUGAUGAAUUUUACGCAUCUUUUCUCUUAUACAUUACCUUUUAAAAACUGUCUCUAUUACGUCCAUAGAAAGGAAGGUUGAUUAAAUAGGAUAAGGAGAUUGAGGUUAUAUAAGGUUUUCGUUUUGACAGACGCGAGGCGCGAGCUCCGAUACCCGUGGUGGGAUGGUAAAGGAGGCGAUUAAAAAGUCGAACAGCAGAGAACGACGUUGUCGUUAGUUGAGUGGACUAGUUCAAGUUCGUAGCUUGCAUAUUUUAUUGGAUUUAAGUGUUCUUGUUAUCCAUUGUUUAUUUAGUGCUAUAAAAAAGUUGCUUGUGUCAGAUAACAGAUAAAGUGAACGAUUCGAAAUGGAUGAUAAAAAAACAGAACACAUUGUCAUGACACCAAAAUGUAAGACUGCAAAUUCUACAACUCUUAUAAUAGAAAGGCAGGCUUUAAAACCCCCAACAGAAAAUGGAAAUGAAAACAACGUUCAUAUUGCCGGAGGAGAUCACAAAGGAAUAGUUAUUAAUAAACAGGCAGUUGCUGUUACAAAUGGUGAAAUUCAUCCAGCACAUCUUUGCUUACAAUUCAGAGUAUUCUUAGUGAGUGCUCAAAGUGGAAAACAUACACAAGAAUCUAGAACUCUACAGUUUUGGUUUGUAGAUACACUUUCAGAAGCCGAACACCCAAGUGUGGCACAAGAAUUCUUCAGAGAAUUAGUUACACCUCAAGAAUUUCCAAGAGAUUAUGUUGGAUUUAUCAAGAAAAUAAUGAAACUAAUGUUGCAUAAGUAUUCUACAAUUAAAAAGAUAGAAGUAGAACUAAAACAGCUUGAGGAACCAGUUAGUCUUCCAACUAGACCAUCUGAUACUGGUCAUAUACUGUUCACAGUUCUUCCAUAUAAGAAAAUUAGUUGGAAAUCAGUAUCAACAGAUGAAACAGUUAUUGGUCAGGUAGUUGAACUGACUUUAGAAAAAGUGUUGGAACUUAUUGAAUCUGCUUAUCCAAAUCCAAUUACAGUGACUGAUAUAGCAAAAGAACAUGGUUGGGAUUCUUCUGCUGUUGAAAUAAAAUUAAAAGAAUUACAAGAGAAGGGUGUUGUUAAAGCGAUGGAGCAUGGAGCUUUUACUAGAGUUGUACACCAAGAUACCCAAAUUCAAGUCGUAAAACAAAUGCCAACAAUGGCAAGUGCAAAACAACCUACUAUAGCAAUUAUUACUGCACAGUAUUGUGAAAAGUUGGCAGUUGAUUCUAUGAUUGAAAACAAAGAAACAUUUGUUCGUUAUACUACUGUUGGUACGGCAAGCUCACCUGAUGCGACAGAUGGAGUACCGCGAGUGACAUGUCGUUUUGGUGAGUCAAAUGUUUACACAUUAGGUAAUAUUGGUGCACACAGAAUUGUAUGUACAAAGUUACCAACUGUAGGUCAUACAAGAGAAGCAAUGACUGCAGCAGGAAAUACAACUACCAGAUUAUUAGGUACAUUUCAGAAAGUUGAUUUCGUUUUCUUAAUUGGAAUUGGAGGAGGUGUACCACAUUAUACAGAUUAUAAUAAACAUGUGCGACUUGGUGAUGUGGUUAUAUCUUAUCCUAUUCCUCUUAAUAAAAAGUAUAUUUAUGUUUAUUGUGAAAGUGCAAAGACAAAUGAGAGUGGAGAUUAUCAUUUUGAAACCAAAGAAUAUUGCCCACCAAAUUUAUGUCUUCAAGAAAUUGCUGUUAAUCUUAAAGAUCAGUCAGAGAAUGAGACAAAUCCUCCAUGGCAAACGUACCUGAAGGAAGGUUCAGAUAUUUUAACUAAUCAGACGGAGCAUGAUUUUAAACCACCUCCACCAGAGUCUGAUAAGUUAUACAUGGCUAUUGGCGAAAGAGAUGUUAUUGAAGUUGCACAUCCUACUGCACCUGCAGAUGCGGCGAAUAAAAGAACAAAUGGCUGUCCACGAAUUCACUUAGCUCCUGUAGCAUCUGGUAGACAUAUUGCACGCGAUGAUCAGCUUAGACAGAAAUUUGCAGCCCGAUUUGGAGCCCUUGCCUUUGAUGCAGAGAUGGAUGCUGUGGUCGAAAGUAUUUUGGGUAAUUGUCGUGAAAGUUUUGCCGUUAUUCGAGGUAUUUCUGAUUAUAAAGAUGGCUCUCGUAUAAAGGAAUGGCAGCCUUACGCGUCCUUAGCUGCUGCUAGUGUAAUGAAAUCUAUUAUUUGUGCUAUGGACCCACCUACUAAUGUGUAAUACACAAUUUCUGAUGCUCGUUUUAUUUCAUUCCGGACAGCAUUUUAUGUGAUAGUUGGUAAAAGUAUCAUCAUUUCGUGUCUUUUAUAUCGUACCAUCGAUUUUUCAGUGCAAAGUGGACCAACUUCUUUUAUUGGUUAAGAGCAAUCAUUGUUUCAAUUAGCGCACAAAUAGCAUAAUUCAGAAUUACUUAAGGAAUAGCUUAUUCUUCUUUUUUUCUUGUAUUUUUUAAGUCGUAUUUAAUGUGAUAUGGAUCAGUUAUUUACUUGAUAAGCAGGAGAAAAUAAGAUCGUGAUCAAAUAUAUAAUGGUCAUAAAGUAAGAUGCACCAAGUGCAUUUUAAUUAUUUAAGAGAAUUGUAGUUAGUAUGAAUGAUUUUAAUCUAGUGACUUUAGAAUCAAGGACAAUUCAAUUUCACGUUUCCAAAUCGUUUUCAAAGAAUUUCCAAACUGCUAAAAAAAUGGAAUAUGUAUUUGACUGAUAAAAGUGCUAGCUUACUUUUAAAAUUUAUUUCAACAUGCUAUUUGAAAAAUAUUUUUACAAUUUUUAUAUCUGAACAUAACUUUUCAAUAUUAUUUAAUAAUAUAUUUAUAAUAUCGAUGCAUCGAUUAUUGCUACACUUAUUCAUUUGCUAAUGUAUUAUAACAUCAAUUUUAUAUAAUUUGAUGGAAUAUUAAUGUAUGGUUUUGCAAAAUUAUUCAUAUACUGUUUGUACUUUUCAUAUCUCGCCUAUUGCCUAUUGUAUUUAUUUAAGUAUAAUAUCGAGAAAUUUGUAUGUACUCAAGAAAAAUCAGUUCAAUGAUUCUAAAACUGGUGCCAUCUUUAUCCUUUUGAACACAAGAUUAUCAAAAAAUUUUUAUACAAUGGAUUUUUUUGAAAUGAAUGAACCAUACUUUUGAAAUAAUUACGUAAUUUAAAUUAUAGCAAUGAGGCUCUUGAUUAUCAAAUAUUAGCAGACAGGAUCCGAAAUAACGUAGGUAUGGGAACCACAGAAAGCUUUAAAUAAAGUCUCGGUAUAGUCAGCAAAAUAAUUUAGAUGUAGAAUAUGAUAUCUAAGAGUAAGGGCAGAAAGUACAUUUGGCAGUAUUUAUCUAAACACAAUCAAAUUAUCGUUCAAAAAGUAAUUGUCCUACAAACUAUUAUAUGUUUGUCAGAGUAUAUUACCAUUUCACACAAGUCUGUCCGCUUUCUCCAUGGAACGUAUAGUAAAUACAUCUAUACAUUCAAAUUUGAUGAAAGGAAGAAAUAUAAAUAAAUAAUGCCGCCCAAAACGUUAAUCGUACUUCAAAGGAUAUUAAGAAUUUGAUUUUAAUAGUUAUAUUAUUAAUUGUUAUUAUAAAAUAUGUUUGCUUUCUAACGUGUUAUGAUUUUGAAACAAACAUAGAUUUUUGUUUCUUAGCAAAUUUUAAUUUGAUUCCUGAGCUUUGGUAAAAUAUUUGCAUAUACAGGCUGUGUCCUCUAGGAUUAACCAAUAUUUUUCAGACAUUUCUAAUAAUUCGUCAAAGAAAUGUUUUGAAAAAAAGUUAGAUUGCCAUUAAACAUUUGAAUAUUAAAAAUUUCCAAACAUUUUUUCCAAUAAAAAAGUCAAGGGCACCAUAUGUUUUGAAUUUCACAGAGUUGUAGUUUGCGUCAAAAUGAAUUCAACGGUCUACUAUACAAUGACUUUAAGAUAACUUUGCAUUCAGAAAUUAAUAAAUUAAACAAAUCCAACAAUAACAAUCAUACCGUUUUGCAUUACACGUUACAAUGUACUAUCACUAAAUUUCUGAUUUUCAGCUUAUUUCAAAGUCGUCUCAAGUUGAUAGUAUAGUAGGUCGUAGAUUCGUCUUGAUGUCAAUUAUAAUUCUGUCAAGUCCAAAAUAUAUGGUGCUAUUUAAUGAAGUCAACAAUAUUUUGGAAAUCUUUAGUAUCCAAAUGUGUAGCGAAUUGAAAACUGAUUAACUUUUGUUUAAAAAAAUUUUUUGGUAGAUUGUCGAAAAUGUCUAAAAGAUGAUGUUUAAUCUUAGAUAUAUCCUGUAUAGAAUAUACGCUAUAUAAAAUAUAAUAAUAUUAAAAACAUGUACAUAUUAUAAUAUAUUAUAAUAACUCAUUUCUAAAUUAUCAAAUAUUUUGUUUUAGUAUAUGAUUUCUGAGUGCAGAAAGCGUUAUAUUUAUUUUUAUGAUGUUCUUUUUAAAGUUUAUUAUUACUUUGCUAUUACUUUGCUGUCGCUACUUUGACAUUUGUAAAUGUACAUCUAUUUUUUUUUACUCAGAAUUCUUAGCGUAGACCAAUUUUUAUUUAACUACAAUUAUAUAAUUAGCAGUUUAACAUAAAUGGUAACAUGGAGAAAAGAUGUUCGUCAGGAUAUGUAGAAAUGCUGGAUAGAACUUAUUUUUCUUCUGCAAAGUUUGUUAAAAUGUGUCUAUUGUUGUUACAGCAUAUUUAAAAUCUGUUACAACUUUAUAGUUUAUCUUUUUGUACUAUAUUUAGAGACACACAUAAUUUGUCAUGUACAUAUUUUGUAUAUUUAUGAAAUAGAUCAUCUUUACAUGUUUCCAAAUGAUAAGGGAUCCGCUACAGAUGGUUGUGAUUACAUGUUCGUGUUUCAUUCUCUUAAAAUUAGCUUAACUGUUUCCUCUUCUUGAUAUUGCAUAUUCAUAUAUUCUGAUUGUAUAGCCCUACAAAAUCAAAUUGUUGAUACAUAUAAUAAAUCGGUACACAUUCUCAUAAGUAAACAAUAUAUAAUAUUUAGAUGUUCUUAUUAUCAUUUUAUACAAUUAUUAUUUAGAAAUGAGUAUGAAUUUUAGAGCCAAAAGAAGUAUGUGUGGAAUUUCCUUUAUAUUAUGUAUCUUUUUCACUUUUACAAUGGAUAGUUUAUGAGAUAUCAAUACAUACAUAGCCAAUAUUAUUAAAUUAUAUUUAUAUUUCAGAAGUAACUAUUUGUGGAUAUAUAUGUAUGUAUUUCAAAAGAUAUCGUUUUUUAAAAUUAUUAGAUACCAUUAAUCAAAGAUUUCACGGUCAUUGUAUGUACAAAAUAGGACUUUUAUUUUUUUAUAUAUAGUUUUCUUCGUUGCUUGUGUGUAAUAUAUUGUUGCAUCUCGCACAUAUAAAUUCUUUCCUUAUUUUAAAUCGCACUUUUUCAUCUAUUUUCUUCGAUUCUAUCCCUUCUAUCACGUUGCCAAAGUAGAUUAUGUCUAUGAUAAAUAAUCCAAAGUCCGAUUUUAAUAGAUUUAACAAAAUUUUAUCAAUUAACCGAAUUAUUAUGAAUUAUGCAUUUUUCUAACACAGAGUAUAAAAGUAAUAUAAAUAUUUCAAAUUUGAUAGAUUUGAUUUUCAGUUUUGUUUUAACUUCUUUGGUGCGAUUAAACGUUUGGGCGAUGAUAUAUGCACCAAAUAUAUUAAAAAUUGUACAAUUAAUUAACAUUAAUUAAAGUGCCAAUGUGUUCAAUAUAUUUGGGUAGUGCAGAAAUAAGAUAGAUUUUUCUGGAAGAUGAACGAAUAUCUUUAUAUUAUUAUUCAAUUCUAUCUCGAUGCAUUUGGUUUAUCACUACUGUAAUUUAUUAGAAGCAAUUGUUACAGUAAUAAUUAUGUAUAAUAAUAUUUGGGAAGAAAUAAGUUUUUUCUUUCGAGAAUGUUUUAUUCGUUUAUCUUCUAGAUUAAUAUUGCUGUCGUCUGCAUUAGAGACCAACAUUACUGAAUUCUACUGCCUAUUUGAAAUUCCAAUAUGGAUAUUCAAAUACUUGAAAAUUGUUUUAAAAAGAAUUCGAUAAUAUCUAAGCUUUGUUAAUAACUUUAAAUGUAAUUUCCUCGCAUUUUAACGUCUUUAUAGAUUCUAAAGCACAGGGUAGUAUACGAGAACCUCUAUAUUUAAGUGACAUUGAAAUAUUCAAUUCGAGCAUAAAUCUAAAAACUUAGGAAAGUAGUAUAUAUACAUUUAAAUAUACCUACAUACGUAUCGUUGGUAGCAUUAAAACCUUCCAAUUCUAACAUCAUGGUGAUAAUCUGCAAAUUUUACAAGUGGCAUUGAUCGACUUUUUUCAAUGAUACUUGACCGCUAAUCAGAAGUCAUUAUUUAUUUAUUUAUUUAUUUAUUUAUUUAUUUAUUCAUUAAUCCGUUACAUUUGAAACAAUUACAUUGUUUGGUGCGUUCCACUGAACCGUAAAAAUACGUCUAGGGAAUUUUACUUUCCUGUCGAAAAUGCUAUUUUAUAUUGUUUUAAAUAUAUGUGCGUGUGGACGUGCAAACAGAGGAAAAAGAUAAAGAUGUGUAAAAGAUUUCUAACGGUAGGAAGGGCCUCAGGUCAAUUUAAUCGAUGAAAAGUAUCACUUGUUGCGUAGAAGCACAUUUUUAAGAAAAUUCUAUGAAAUAUAGAGAGUAUCAGCUAUCAAAUAUAUAUAUGUACGUAUUAUUAUAAAUAUAGUCAAAUACGUAUAGGUAUAUAUCUCUAUUUCAAAUAUUUAGUAUAUAAUACAUAAUAUAAUAUAUAAAUCGUGAAUUCUAUUACAUGGUGAAACAUUAAAUUCAAUUUACCUGAUAAUACAGAUUCCUAUUUAAGGCCUAAAUAUUAUGUACGAAAGGAGCAAAACUUUGUUAUAUAUUGUGUUUUAAGCGACGAGGUUGUCAACCUCGAGCUUCCAAAAUAUCUAUGUAUUUACAUAUAUUUACGUUAGUAUUACGCGCUUUCAACACUAGUCGCACUAUUGUGUUUUCCGUCUAUUUAUAUGUAGGUAUGUUUUAAAUUGCAAAUACUACUGCAUACGCAUACAUAUAUAGUGUAUAACUACGUCCAUUUAAUUUAUAUUUCAAAGAAAUUUAUUAGCAUCUAUAAUGAACAUAUAAUCGCAAUGGAUUUCAAUUUUCUCCGUUCAGGGAUGUGAUUUUGAAUAUUGGCGUCUCAUUUCGAUGUCUAAGCCACAGAAAUUCUUUUCUCCAUUAUUUCACGCCAUUGCUUCACAAACUGAACGUUUAUACGAUUCCAGUUUAAGAACUGACAAAUGUACUUGUGAAUGCUUAUUUAGUACAUAGUGUGCGAUGAAGUGAGCUUGAAGACUUCAGAAAUGAAAAAUCUAUGCUUCUAGCUUGUAAUCUGAGUAGUCUUCCGGCCAAAAAAUCAUUAAUCACGAAUGUCUUUAAGUAAGACCUUGGCAUUUGAGUUUUGGUGUUAUCUAUCUCGAAAAGAUGCCCGAUGUGGUCAGAUGGUAAAAUGGGUACCACCAAAAUGUUUUCACAAUACAUUUCUCUGAUAUCUUUCUCUAAUUUAAGUAAAUACAUUUAUUAUGGAAAAGCUAUGCAUAUAUGUGUAAGAUAAGUCGAGUUGUUUUUCAAAUUUUCGAAUGUUUCUUUACCAGAUACGAAACUGUUUUGCUUUUUUAUCUGUCGUUUCUCUUUUCUUUCCUUGUUCUUGAUCCCUUUUGUUAACUACUUUUUCCUUUUGCAUUCUCUAUUUCUUUUAUCAAGACUAGUCGCUUCUCUAGGGACUUUUAAUUUGUUUCCAACGAAUUGAUAUUAAAUUCAUUCUCUUAUGAUUAAGAAUUACUUGAAUUUAAUAAACAUCUAAACCUAACAAAAUUCCAUUAGAAGUUAUUUAGAUAAUUUUAAUAAAUAAUUUUGACAAAUACAUAAUAGAAAAUAAAGAAUUGAGUUUACAGUUUUUUCAACGAUAAUUUUACAAUUUGGUUUUUCUAAAAUAGAAUGUUCACCUACAUGUACUACGUAUCACGUUCGAUUAUCUAUAUAUUGAGCUUAUACAGGGUGUCCUAAUAUCGAUAAUAAAACCAAUACAUAAAACAGUAAGUGGAAAAUAUGGAAUAAUUUUCUUUUCAUCUGAUGCUUUGUUUUCGGGAAAAUUGUUUUUGAAAAUUUAACGAUUGAAUAUAAGUAAACAAUCAGCAGGAGGGUAUUUUAGUACAGAAAUAAAUGUAAAAUGUCGAAUAAUAUUUUUCGUUUAAGAUCAAGUUUUCAAGAAAAUAGAUUCUGAACAUGUGUAGGCCAGAAUUGGCCUGGCGUAGGUGUAAUAGAUUAAUUUUCAAAUUUUUACUCGGAAACGAAGCGUUUUCCGAAAAAAAUAUUAUUUUACAUUUUUAACUUAUUUUCAUCUGUAGAGUAGCCUCUUAUCGAUUAUUCGUCCCUAUCUAGCCUGAAAGUAGACAAGAUUGAAUAUAGUUGACAUAUGUUCAAGUUCGAUUUUUUUGAAAUCAGGCGUCAUAUGAAAAAAUCUUUUUCUAUAUUUUCCAUUUGUUUUUUCGCGUAGAAUCAUUUCCUUGUCGAUUCUACCACCAAUACUGAGACAUCCUGUAUACAAAUAUUCGAAUUUAUAUAUUUAGAUGGCAUUAAUUUCGCGAAGUUAAUUUGUACGUAUUGUUACUUCGAAAUAAAAUUUUGUAAUAUUGCACUGGCCAUAGAGAAGAGAAUUACAAAAUUUUAAAAAAGCUGAUCGUAUUUAAAGUUACGAAUUAUUCGACAAAUAUUCUGGUUGUACCCAUGACCAAUGGCGUUUUGCUAGGAUUGUAAUGUCUACAGGGGAAAAUUAAAGAAAUUGUUGUAUCUAAUAGUAAGUUACUUCACCGCGGAAGAGAAACUGUGAUACUAUCUGGACUUUUCUGCGUGAAGUAAGAUAAUACGUGGAAAGAGCCAUAGUAUAAAAUAAAUCGGUUCCAUAGCAUUUGGUUUUGUUACGAAAUAGAUCGUUAAGGAAGUAUUGUAAAACUGAAAAACAGAAGAACGAACGUAUCGCUGAAGUCUUAUCAGAAGAAGUUCAAUAGAGAUACAUAGUAAGCUCUGGAAGCAAAGAACCAAACAGUAUCGUAUACUUUUGUUUAUUAUGAGCAUUUUUUACUACAAUUAAUUUUUUCUUGAAAAUUAUGAUGUCAAUUCUGCAAUAAUAUUGCACGUAAAAGUGUUACACAUGAUGUGUUUAUCAAGUAAAAUUUGAUAUUUAGUUGCAUACAAUCUGUACAGUAACAAAUUGUCUUUGUCGGUUGAAUGAUUAGAAGAAAUUCCAACUUUAUAUCUUAUUCCAUGUUUUAACAUAUUAAUAUAGUAGAAAUAUAUAUUAGGAGUGAUAAAUAAUUUUUUAAAAACAGUUUAAAAUAUAAAUACUUUAUAAACACAUCAUGUAAUUUACGUUUCUCUGUAAUGCAAUGUUGCAAAAACUGCAUGUAUUGUUAUGUAACUCUUAUGUAAGUUAUAGACAACUACUUUUAGUUUACAUUAAUGAAAACUUUUCGUGGUGUAAAAUUCAAUUUUAUGUAAUAAGAUCUCUGGUAUUUGAUGGCCGAAAAAUCGUUUCAAUAAAUAGAGGUCCAUUGUU